UGUUGUUGUGUUCCUGGCUCUGGUUGCAGAGAGAGAGCGAGAAGGCAGAGAAGGAGAGCGAGCGAGAGAGAGAGCGAGCGAGGAGAGAGAGAGCGAGCGAGCGAGGGAGCGGAGCCGCGAUCGCGUUUCAGGGGCAGCGCAUUCCGCAGGAACCGGGCAGAGAAAGGAGGUCACGGCGCUGCGCGGGGACCAUCCCGCACCGCAGGUUGCACCAACUUUCGUGUAAGGAUGUACCAGUAUCGACGUGAAUGAAUCCUUCCUACCUUUCCAUGACCGUAAAGUGAUUGGAAGUUUCAGUUGGCAGAUACUUCCCCGUGUUUCCGACUCUUCAGGAUGGGUGGUUUUGAGAUGCAUCCAAGCAGUGUGUGGAAUCCUUUGGUUUGUGUUUGAGGUGUGACCAGCCUCUGAAAGAUUGGCUGGAAGUAUAAGGAGGAACCUCUAUGGGUAACCCUUGGGUGGAAACAAUUACUGGUCAACCAUGGUAAAACUUGCCAACCCUCUGUAUACGGAGUGGAUUCUUGAGGCUAUACAAAAAGUUAAAAAGCAAAAGCAAAGGCCUUCUGAAGAGAGAAUCUGUCAUGCUGUUUGUGCUUCCCAUGGAUUAGAUAAGAAGACUGUUUCAGAACAGUUGGAACUUAGUGUUCAAGAUGGUUCUAUUCUUAAAGUUACCAACAAAGGCCUUGCAUCCUACAAGGACCCAGAUAAUCCUGGGCGGUUUUCAUCGGUUAAACCUGGCACUAUUCCUAAAUCUGUUAAAGGAUCUAGAGGAGCUUGUAAUGAGCUUCGCAACGUGGAUUGGAACAAACUCUUGAGAAGAGCAAUUGAAGGGCUUCAAGAACCAAAUGGCUCCUCCCUGAAAAACAUAGAGAAGUAUUUGAGAAGUCAAAAUGACCUAGCGAAUAUUUUCAACAACCCUGCCUUUCAGCAGAGGUUGCGUCUAGGGGCCAAACGUGCUGUGAACAAUGGGAGAUUACUGAAGGAUGGGCCUCAGUACAGAGUGAAUUAUGGCAGUUUGGAAAGCAAAGGAGCACCAAAGUACUCCAGCACUUUCCCAGCUUCUCUUCCACCUGUCAGCCUUCUACCCCAUGAAAAAGACCAGCCACGAGCCGAUCCCAUCCCGAUCUGUAGCUUUUGUUUGGGAACGAAAGAAUCCAAUCGGGAAAAAAAACCAGAGGAGCUGUUGUCUUGUGCGGACUGCGGCAGCAGCGGACAUCCAUCGUGUUUGAAAUUCUGCCCGGAGCUAACAUCGAAUGUGAAGGCCUUAAGAUGGCAGUGUAUUGAGUGCAAGAACGUGCAGUGCGUGUAGGAUCAAGGCAAAAAUGCAGAUAACAUGCUUUUUUGCGACUCCUGUGGACAGGGUUUCCACAUGGAGUGCUGUGACCCACCGCUUUCCCGAAUGCCAAAAGGGAUGUGGAUCUGCCAGGUCUGUAGACCAAAGAAGAAAGGGAGAAAGCUACUUCAUGAGAAAGCUGCCCAAAUCAGGCGACGAUAUGCAAAACCUAUUGGACGACCGAAAAACAAACUAAAGCAACGAAUGUUGUCUGUAACCAGCGAUGAAGGAUCCGUGAAUGCAUUCACAGGAAGGGGGUCACCUGAUACUGAAAUCAAACUAAGCAUCAAACAAGAAAAUACGGAUGUGUAUCUGGUGGGAAGCAAGGAUACCGUUACACAGGAGGAUUUGGAAGUGUUUAAGCAGGCUCGAGAACUUUCCCUGGAGAAAAUCGGAUGUAAAAACACCGGUGAAACAAGUGGGCGAUACCCUGCAGUAAUUGAAUUUGGAAAGUACGAGAUCCAGACCUGGUACUCUUCACCUUACCCACAGGAAUAUGCAAGAUUACCAAAGCUUUACCUGUGUGAAUUCUGUCUUAAAUACAUGAAAAGUAAAAACAUUUUGUUAAGGCACUCAAAGAAGUGUGGCUGGUUUCAUCCUCCAGCCAAUGAAAUCUACAGGAGAAAUGACCUGUCAGUAUUUGAGGUUGAUGGAAAUGUGAGCAAAAUCUAUUGUCAAAAUCUUUGUUUGUUAGCUAAGCUCUUCCUGGACCACAAAACCUUGUACUAUGAUGUUGAACCAUUCCUCUUCUAUGUCCUUACAAAAAAUGACGAGAAAGGCUGCCAUUUAGUUGGAUAUUUCUCAAAGGAAAAGCUUUGCCAGCAGAAGUACAAUGUCUCCUGCAUAAUGAUCAUGCCCCAAUACCAAAGGCAAGGAUUCGGAAGAUUUCUCAUUGAUUUCAGCUACUUGCUUUCUAGAAGAGAGGGUCAAGCAGGAUCUCCCGAAAAGCCAUUGUCUGAUCUGGGUCGUCUCUCGUACUUGGCCUACUGGAAAAGUGUCAUCUUAGAAUACCUUAACUGCCACCACGAGAAACAGAUCAGCAUCAAAGGAAUGAGCCGAGCUACGGGGAUGUGCCCGCAUGAUAUCGCCACCACCCUGCAGCAGCAUAGCAUGAUAGAUAAAAGAGAAGACAGAUUUGUCAUUAUUAGAAGGGAAAAGCUGAUUUCAAGUCAUAUGGAGAAACUGAAAGCGAAUCCCCGCAUCAAUGAAGUUGAUCCUGAAAGCUUACGAUGGACUCCUCUGUUAGUGUCUAACGCUGCAGUUUCUGAAGAAGAGAGAGAAGCAGAAAAGGAGGCUGAGCGUCUGAUGGAACAAGCUAGCUGCUGGGAAAAGGAAGAGCAAGAAAUAUUCUCCACCAGAACUAAUAGUAGGCAAUCACCUGCAAAAGUGCAAUCUAAAAAUAAAUAUUUGCGAUCUCCAGAAAGUGUGGCAGUGGUGGGGGAGCGAGGGCAAGCGGCAGAGCAAGCUAAGGAGAGCAGCGAGGAAGAAGGUGGGGAUGAGAACCAGCAGAGUUUGCCUCCCCGGCUGACAAAGCCCCAGUCGCUGGCCAUGAAAAGAAAGAGACCUUUUCUACUAAAAAAGAAGAGAGGCCGCAAACGCAGGAGGAUUAACAGCAGCGUUACAACUGAGACCAUUUCUGAGACAACCGAGGUGUUAAACGAGCCAUUUGAUAACUCGGAUGAAGAGCGUCCCAUGCCACAGCUGGAACCGACCUGUGAGGUGGAUGGGGAAGAGGAUGACUUGAAGCCUGUGAUUCGAAAAGCUUUUGAGUACCAACCUGGGCAGCAGAAAGUGGAGAAGGAGGAGGAAGAACAGAACGAGGAGGAGAAAGACACUCGGUGUUACAGGAGUGAUGACAGUUGUACAAAUAAUGCAGAAGAUGUAGCUGUGUUGGAAGAAAGCACUAAAGACAAUCUUGAACCUCUAAAGAGUAAGCAGGGUUGGCCCAAAGGAGUUAAACGUGGUCCAUCUAAAUGGAGGCAAAGCAAAGAAAGAAAGCCUGGCUUUAAGCUUAAUUUAUACACUCCACCCGAGACUCCUAUGGAGCCGGACUACCAGGUGCUGGUGGAGGAGCAAAAGGAAGUGGCUGAAGAGAAGCCCUGCUCAGUUCCUACUGUUACAGAGGAAGCAAUUAAAGAGCCGGUUGAAAUAUUACCACCACCAGGUGAUGACAUAAAAGAGGUAGAACCUGAAUCUCUGCAUGCACCUAGUGAACCCUUUGAAAAGCAAGAAGAUGAUACGGUUAAAGCUGGGGAAGAAGAAAGGACUGCAGAUGAAGGAAUUGGUUCAAAAGAUCAAGAAAAGGACAAAGCAGAAGAGGUAUUUCUGCAAAAAGAAGAGUCUGUGCAUUUGGAUGAUCAGGAGGAGGAGGAGGAGGAGGAUGAAGAACCUUCUCACAAUGAGGAUCAUGAUGCAGAUGAUGAAGAUGAUAGCCACAUGGGUUCAACCAAAGCGGAGAAAGAGGAAUUGCCUGGUGAAGCCUUCAAAGAAAUACUGGAAACACAGCAACCUUUUUUAGACGUAAACGUUCAAAGUGGUAACUCAAAUCAAGAGGAGUUAAUGGAUUGUGGUGUUGAGCUCACAUCUAAUGAGUGUGAACGUGACCAGAAGGAACUUGCUACAGGUUCAGGCCCAAUGCCAGACUCUGAUGAUGACCAUCCAGAUAACAACCAGGACCAAAAAGCUGGAGAAGAAUUACAUUCCGAUUUCAAGGGUGAGAGUGCCGAGACCAUGGAGAUUGAUUCAGAGACGGUUCAAGCAGUGCAGUCUCUGACCCAAGAGGCCAGUGAACACGAUGAUACAUUUCAGGACUGUGCAGAGACUCAAGAGGCCUGUAGAAGUUUGCAAAACUAUACCCAUAAUGACCAAAGUCCCCAGAUGACUACGCUGGAUGACUGUCAGCAGUCUGACCACAGUAGCCCAGUCUCAUCUGUGCACUCCCAUCCCAGCCAGUCAGUCCGUUCUGUGAACAGUCCAAACGUUGCUCCUUUAGAGAACAGCUAUGCGCAGAUCAGCCCAGAUCAAAGUGCCAUUUCUGUGCCAUCUCUGCAGAACAUGGAGACCAGCCCGAUGAUGGAUGUUCCCUCGGUUUCUGACCAUUCACAACAAGUUGUGGAUAGUGGGUUUAGUGACUUGGGGAGCAUCGAGAGCACAACAGAAAACUAUGAGAACCCAAGCAGUUAUGAUUCCACAAUGGGCAGUACCAUCUGUGGGAACAACUCUUCGCAGAACAGUUGCUCGUACAGUAGCCUUACGUCCAGUAAUCUAACUCAGAGUAGCUGUGCAGUGACGCAGCAGAUGUCCAACAUCAAUGGCAGCUGCAGUAUGAUGCAACAAACAAACAUCAGUUCUCCUCCCACGUGUAAUGUCAAAUCACCCCAAGGCUGUGUUGUGGAAAGGCCUCCGAGCAGCAACCAGCAGUUGUCCCAGUGCAGCAUGGCCGCUAAUUUUACACCACCUAUGCAGUUAACAGAGAUCCCUGAGACUGGCAAUGCCAACAUUGGGCUCUAUGAGAGGAUGGGGCAGAGUGAAUUUGGUGCGGGGCAUUACUCACAGCCAUCUGCCACCUUCAGCCUGGCCAAGCUGCAGCAGUUAACCAACACGCUGAUGGACCAUUCUUUGCCUUACAGCCACUCAGCUGCUGUAACUUCCUAUGCAAACAGUGCCUCUUUGUCAACGCCCUUAAGUAACACAGGGCUCGUUCAGCUUUCCCAGUCUCCACAUGCUGUUCCUGGAGGACCCCAAGCACAGGCCACCAUGACCCCUCCCCCCAACCUCACUCCUCCUCCCAUGAACUUGCCACCUCCCCUAUUGCAGCGGAAUAUGACGUCAUCAAACAUUGGGAUAUCCCACACCCAAAGACUGCAGACUCAGAUGGCCAGCAAAGGUCAUGUUUCCGUACGAACCAAAUCCGCGCCGCUGCCUCCUGCAGCCCAUCAGCCACAGAUCUACGGGCGGGCGUCACAGACUGUGGCCAUGCAAGGCCCAGCGCGGACCUUAACCAUGCAGCGUGGUAUGAACAUGAGCGUGAACUUGAUGCCGGCCCCAGCGUAUAAUGUCAACUCGGUGAACAUGAACAUGAACACCCUUAAUGCUAUGAAUGGUUACAGCAUGUCCCAGCCGAUGAUGAACAGCGGCUACCACAGCAACCACGGCUACAUGAACCAAACCCCGCAGUACCCGAUGCAGAUGCAGAUGGGGAUGAUGGGAACUCAGCCAUAUGCACAGCAGCCGAUGCAGACGGCACCCCACGGCAACAUGAUGUACACGCCUCCGGCACAUCACGGCUACAUGAACACCGGCAUGUCCAAGCAGUCUCUGAACGGCUCCUACAUGAGAAGGUAGGCCCUGCGGAGGCACGGAUUGCCCAGCUGGCGUACCGGACUGAUCUGCACAAAUAUCUUUUGGAGAGUACGAUUUCAAAACCAGCAGUUGGUGUGAAUGCAAAAACAUUUGUUGGCACCAUUUACAAACUGUAUGCAGCAGAAAGCCUUAUACAAGUGUUUCUUUCUUCUUUAUUUCUUCUUUUGGGUUUUAUUUCAUUCUGUAUUUUUUUACCUUUGUGGGGUUUCACUUCUCUUCUUUGGGGGGAAUUAGGUGGUUUUCCAUUUUUCGUUUGUUUCACUGAGCUUGAAGUUCUCUGGAAAGGAAGAACUCUUUCUAUGAACUGCAAUUACACAGCAGCUGAUGGUUCAGAGCCAUUUUAUGUGCCUGCUCCCAUUCAAAAUGUGGAUAAAUAGACUCCAAAACUAUCAGACAGUACUGGAUCACGAGCUUUUUCUCUCUCCUUUCCCAAAAUGUAAAUGCCUUUUAGCAGUUCUUUUAUCGUAUGAUUUUGUUUCCGAAGGUGACACUUCCGCAUGCCGCUAAUGUCUUUGUUAGUGACAGUGCAUUUUGUAGUACUGUACAAGUGUUGUGCUUAACAGUAAGCCAUUUCUUAAGUUUUUGCCUUGAUUAGGUUACCCUAGUUUGAGGGGUAAAAAAAAAAGAAUUAUAUUUUUGUUAAUUAUAAAACUUGUAAAAAAAGAAUAAAAAAAAAGCUGCGAAAGCUAUUCACAUUUUGGUUAGUUCCAAGGGUUUUAUUGCUGUAUGUUUAGUGUAAAGUUGAGACUCUUCCAUUCUUGUGAUCAGUUUCUUUGGGGCUGGGGUAGGAAAAAAGGCAGCUUUCUGUUUUAUAAAUACUGUUAUGUUUUUUUUGUUGAUUGAAACAUCUCAGUGUUUAUUUGUCGAGUUUUGAAACAUUUUCAUAUACGUCCAGAUACUUGGCGGGAUUUAAGAAUCAAAAAAGUAGUGAAUUUGGUGUAAAGUUGCUAUUUUAUGGAAAUGCCUCUAACUUUACAUUUUCAUUCCAUCUGUAGAUUUUUCUAUCUUUAUAAAAUAUUGGAGUUAUUUUUUAAGGGAAAAAAUAGAGCAGUAGCGUGUGAAUAGCUCAAACUAAGCUUACAGAUCGCAUGUAAAAAGGCAAAAGUUAUUUGUGUCUGUUUAUAUCGCUUCCUUUUUUGUAGCCUUUGUACCUGUACAGAGUGACUGUAAGGGCCGAACAGAAGAGGCUUGAUCCAUGUAAAAAUAGGACCCGGUGACACUCUUGUAUUUAUCUGUUCUCUUUUUAGUCAGUCACUUAAAAAAAAAAAACAAAAACCCAACCCAAGAAACAGAAAUAAAAACUGCAAAAACCAACGCCACCCCCCCAAGCUGUACAUUUUAACAUAAAAUAAAUUAUGAUGAGCCAUUUUUAGCCUCUUGUGUCUUGUCAUAGUUUGAUGUUGCAUGGGAAUUACCUCCUGGAAUAGUGUUUGUUACGGUGCUCUCAUGUGCUUGAUCUAAAGCCCAUCGCAGAUGAUGGGGUUUGGACUAGGCUGUCAGAGCCCAGGUGUAGGUUCCUCA